CCCGGAUGGCAGUUGCUAUGGAUACAGGAGUUGUCUUCACCUGUGGUGAAGUUUAAAACCAAUUUGUUUACACGGACCCGACUAAUUAACAGAGAUCAUGGAGUCUGAGGAUCAGCUGAACGAACUGCGGCUUCAGUUUCAAGCACUGCAAAAACAGCAGGAAAAAAGGAAACAGGAGAGGAAAAAGGAAACACAGCCAGACAAGCUCAAUGACAGUGGUGCUCAGGAUGAUUUGGAUCUGUCUAACCAAGGUGUUCAGGCAAGCUGUGAUGCUCCCCAAAACAGGCUGUUGCACAUUCAGAAUAAGGCCCUCCUUGACCAAUUGAGAGAGCUAAAGGAUGAAAAUGGUCGGCUCUUCAAACUUCUGAGCGAGAAGGAUUUUGAAAUUAAGCACCUGAAGAGGAAAAGAGAUGAAGAAAGACUGGCUUUAGCAGGUACUUCAGGCUUGGCAGGAGCUGUAGCUGCCACCAAGAUUGUUGAGCUAUCCAAGAAGAAUAGAGAACUAACUGCUGAAAUUGAGCAAGAGAAGAUUAAAUGUAAGCAAAACGGCAACAGAAUCAAAGAGCUUGAGAGAGAGCUGCAGGCCAUGCUGGUACAUGGUGUACCUGGGCAAAAAGUAGAUUCAAAGUCACCAGUUAAGAUCUCAUCUGAAGAAUGUGAGCAGGAAAGUGCACUGGUUAAAUCUCUGCAGGAAAAAUUAGCAACUACCCAAAUGAAGGUGACUGAGUACCGCAACCAGGUGCAGUCUGCCAAGCAGGAGUUGAAAAUGGCACAGAAGGUUCUGAUUAGUGAGAUUGGAGAGGAGGUCAACCUUCAGCAAUUACUAAGCUGCCCUGGGAGCUUUAGAGGUCGAGCACAGCAGAUACUGGCUCUGCAGACAAGGGUACGAGAGCUUGAGCAGCAGCUGAACAAAUCAACACAACAAAGGCAGUCAAGUGUUCUGAGUGGAGAGGAAGAGUUUCUGGGCAUGGGUGUUCUUCAGAAAACUCCUCCUCAGGAAAGAAAUGUCAACUACAUCCGCACUAUAGAGAAAGAGAAGAGGGUAGCCCUUGAGAGGCUCUCAGUGGAUUAUGAGGCGCUCUUGAAAGAACACAAAGAUGUGAAGCAAAAGCUGGAAGCCUCUAAAGCCAGGAGCAAAACUCUAUCUGCUGAAGUCAAAAUUCUGAAGCAUCAAAUAUCAACCCUGAUGGAGAAGGGGAAACACGAUGAUGAGUUCGUGGCUGCUUUGAUGAAGCAGCAGGCCCAGAUGCAGAUGGUAUUAAAACAACUCAGCCAAAAACAAAACGUACAGAGCAAGGUGAUGCAGCAGAGUGUAGGACAACAGCUGAGCAACAUACCUUCAGAGCACAGUGCUAUCAUCCAGAGAUUUAAGGAGAUACUUGCUGAGAAAGAUGCCAUUAUCAAAAAACUACAGAAAAAACAGCAAUUCUCUGAUAAGGUGUUGAAGAACGAUGAUGUGCACAGACAGCCCAGCAUCAGGAUAACAAACUGUACUUCUGCUGUUUCCCCAGAAGAGGGAGACAUUACCAAAAGAAUUCCAUCUUCAGGUUCAAUUUCUAAAUUUGGUCACAAACUGGUGCUGCCAGCUGUGGGAAGUGGCAUAGAAUUCACAGAGAAAGUGAUGAGCCACACAUCUUUGGAGGCACAAGCACCAAGAGGAGCACCACAGGCCAGUGAUCCUGGAGGAGUUUGAGAGGCCAAAAUUAGAUUAAAGUCAACACUGUCCAUGCAGCAUGGCUAGGACUGAUAUGCCAAGGCUCAGUGACAGCAUGAUGUGACAAUAUCAGGAUUUUUUUCUUCUUCUCUCUCUCUCUUUUUUUUUUUUCUUUUUCAAUUUCCCCCUUAUCUUUCUUGCUCGUGGCUAUCACAGCUCUGUCGGCAGGAGCAGAGUCCCUGAGCACCAUGGAGUCUCUGAGCAACAGGAACUGUCCACAGACAAACCUGAACAGACUGUCCAACAGUCCAGAAUUUGUAAACACUUUAUUUCUUUAACAACACUGCCUUAAACUGGUUCUGGUUCAGGAGUUUUCUUUCUCCAACCAUAAGAGUUAACCAGACGACAGAAAUAAUGAUGUGCGGCGGUAGACACGCUGCAGACAGCAGUGCUCAUUCUGCCCGUCACAUCAAGGUUGCACGGAGAUGUUCAUGUUGUUCUUGUAUGUUGUCUCUUGGCUGGUCAUUCAGCUGGAGGAAACGCGGGCGCUGAGGGCAUCCCUAAAGAGCACUCUCCACCAUGACCUGCAGCUUUCAGUGACGUGAUGAGACAAGUCAGGCAUGUUUUCCUGGAGGCUCUGUGACAGCACAGACAAGACACUAACCAGGGGAACUGGCUGGUCCCUGCUCAGCCUCACUUCCAGCUGAGCCCUACCUUCUCCUGUCACAUGUGACAAAACAGCAGCCUGCAGGAGAAAGGAAAAAAAAAACUCUUCAGCCACGCAAAUAUUAUAUGCAUCUCUGACUUUCUCUCCAUUUGAGUCCCCAAAAGACAGCUUGCGACGUAAGGUCGGGUGACCUCGGUUUAACGACUUAAGUACCUUGAGUAAAAUAGCUUUCAACUUAACCCUGAUGGCAUCAGACAAGUGUCCCGGGUGAUUGCAGGAGCGGUCGGUGCUGAUAAGACGUCUCCCCGUGGUUUCACAUCUCGUCUGCUCGCUGUUUUAUAAAUGUCACUGUCACAUUUUAUUAAAUAUAUGUUUGUCUUUC